AUGCCAAUUAUCACAGAAACAUUCAAGCUGAACGACGGCCGAUCAAUUCCGGCUCUGGGUCUGGGAACCGCGUCGGACGCCAACGUGGAAGAGGUGACCUACGCCGCCAUCAAGGACGGCUACAAACACAUUGACACCGCCUACAUCUACAAAUCCGAAGAGGCGAUCGGCAAGGGCAUCAAGCGAGCCAUUGCCGACGGGCUCAUCAAGCGGGAGGAGCUGUUUGUGACCACCAAGGUCUGGCCCACCUUCCACGGCCGGGUCAAGGAGUCGCUGGACUACUCCCUCAAGGACCUGGGUCUGGACUACGUGGAUCUUCUGCUGGUCCACUGGCCUGCCGCGCUCCACCCGGACCCCAACGACAGACACGCCUACGUGCCCAAGAACGCCGACGGUUCGGCCCACUACACCGACAACAAUGACUGGAUCUCCAUCUACGAGGAGCUGGAAAAGGAGCAGGCUGCGGGCCGAACCAAGUCCAUUGGAGUCUCCAACGUGAGUGAAAAGUACCUCAAGGAGCUGCUCAAGCGAGUCAAGACCGUGCCCGCCGUCAACCAGUUCGAGAACCACCCCUACCUGCCCCAGAAGAAGGAGAUUGAGUUUAACAAGAAGCACGGCAUUCUGGUCACCGCCUACUCGCCCCUUGGAUCCUCCAAUGGAAAGAUCAAACUGCACGAGAACCCCGUGGUCGCCGAGAUUGCCAAGAAACACAACGCCACCACCGGAUCGGUGCUCAUCAACUGGCACAUUUCCCAGGGCCGAUCUGUCAUCCCCAAGACCAGGUCUGUUGAGCGGGUGAAGGCCAACGCCCAGAAGGUCGACCUCGACUCAGACGAUCUCGCCAAGCUCGACAAGAUUUGGGAACAGACCGGUACCCAGCGAGCCAUUGGCCUCGACUGGCUUGAUAAGGCCGGCGACAACCUUGGUUUCGAGGACAAAUAG